UGUUAACCAGCAGGUAAACAGCAGCUCGUUCAACUCUCUGUGUGUUGCGCUGCUAGCUACGAGCUAACGGAGACUAGCGAUGUUCCCAACAGAGACCUGUUGUUCAGGAUCACUGAAGAAAUACUUCUGGGUCAUGAAUACAGUUUAUAAGUGUGUCAUGUUUACUUCACACUCUUUUAUUCCCGACCAGCGCAAUGACUGCGUGACGCCAGCAGCAAGUCUGUCAACGCAGACGCUGUUUGCACGUAAUCCUGCAGCGAUGCUGUUACAGCGGUGUUACUCAAUAAAGCUUUAAUCAAUUCAAUAUUUCAACAUCUGAAAUGUUCAUUCAUCUGUUGAAAUCAUGUCCAAGCACUCCGUACCGUUACUUCCCCCCAAAACUAUUCAUCCAAAAUGCGUGCGUGCAGGUCUGCCUGCGUGCGUGCGUGCGUGCGUGCAGGUCUGCCUGCGUGCGUUGUCAUAGAAACGCAGAUCAAAGCCACUUGUUCUGGAGUCAUAAAAGGCCUUAUUACAUCAUCAAAGACACUGAGCAGAUCUUUAUAUCUUCAGAACUCCAGAGACAUAUUGAGAAAGUAUUAUUCCUUGUUGGACACAUUACCUAUCAACAUAGAUAAUAACAAACUCAACAUGGAUAAUAUCGAACUCAACAUGGAUAUUAUCGACCUCGAAGCGGAUAAUAACGAACUCGACAUGGAUUACAAGGUAAGAAAAUCUGGCCUGGAUUGGAAAAACGUUUUCACCAAUCUGCGAUUCAUUAUUUUUGAUCAAAUCAAAUGUGGUCUGUCUGAAAGUAAACUUUCAGAUGUACUUAAGAGAUGCUUUGUGAAUUAUGCACAGCACCAAGUACAACAUCUAUUAAUCAUUGUGUCACAUUUCAAACAUCCUAAUGAGAAGUGUUUAGUUGGAGUGUAAAAGAUGCCUGGCUGUUAAAACCUGAUUGUUUUUCUUUCUAGAUUCCAUCAAAUGAACUUUUAGGACUGAGAUGCAGCGAGUUGGAAGUGCCUCUGUUUAGCACUAACGACUUUGCACAGUUGAUCAAUACAUAUGUGGAUGUAGUCCCACAUGAAGAAUGGAGGAGGUUACGCUAUUACCGAAUGCACUCAGACAUCGUCAAUCUGGUGUCUGACAUGUGUCAUGAGAUCUUAGAUUUGGUCACCACCAAGAUCCUGUUCACUGUGGAACCUCAGGUUCAACGCUGGAUAGACGUCCACGUUGAACUGGAGAAUGCUAAAAACACCUCUGUCACAAUGAACGCUUAUGAUUAUUCGCAAGGGCUCAAUUUUGACAGCGUGACGGAGGAAGAUAUUCUAGCCAGCUUUGGGAAAUCAUUUGACAUCUGUUUUGGUGCAGCAAUAGGACGCCAACAGAAGAGGUCCCACGACUCUAUAGCAAUACUGGAGAUGUUCGCAGAAGAGGUGACGAAGAGAGUGAACCAGGCACUGCAUAGGACCACUCAAUCUUCACUGUAUUUAUCUGAGUCGCAAACCUCAAUUGAUUUUCCAUCGGAAGAAAUGAUUUAUUAUAUCGGCAAAAUAUUGAUGGGGCUCUUACAAUCAGACUAUGAAGACGAAGACGAAGACGAAGACGAAGGAGACCGCUCAACAGUAGUUUUACAAAUCUCAGCCAGUGACACCAUGCAGCGUCCUGUUAUUACCACACAGGAGCGGCCACAGAAAUCAGGCAAAGAAGAAGACGAGGAAACACUCCACUCUUCAGAGAUUUCAGAAGACUCAUCCAGUGACAUCAUACAGCAUUAUAUCAAUAACACACAGAAGCUGCCACAGAAAUCAGGCAAAGAAGAAGACGAGGAAACACUCUGCUCUGUAUCAGAGAUUUCAUACCUCUCAGACUUUACCACAGGAGAGCAGAACCAUAAAUCAGACGAAUCAGGCGAAACAGAAGAGGAGCUGCCACAGAGAGAUGAGACCUUUCUCGUCUGUUUUGUCUGUAAGCUGGUGGAUCACAUCGCUCACUCCACCAAGACAACAAUAUACAACGUGGAUUUAGAUCUGAUGUUGGAACGACUGAACAAGAGUACUGUUGGAAGUCUCUCUCUCCCACAGACAGUUGGAAACAUCCACAUCCCCGUCUAUAAAGAGCUUUGCCACCAGUUUGGAUCUGCUGCAAGGCUUCAGGCUGCCAUGGUGUCCAAAGAUGGGAAGUUUGAAGAAGCCGUUGCCAAGACAUUAAAGGCUCAGCUGCAGAAGUCUUCAAGAAAAAACAUCAGCUUCAUGGCCAAAGUCAAGAAGACUUUCUGCCGCAAGUCUAGAAAAGUUGCUCCCAUCAUCGAGACAAACACAUCAGUCUCUCACACUGAAGUCAUUGAGCUGGUGAAUGGAUCGACGCCCCCACCUCAGAGGAGACAGAAGUUCCCCGCCAUUCGUAGAAUGUUCGCCUCCGCAGCAAAGUUCCUGAGGAACCCGUUCAGCCAAUGCAUCAGCGCUAGUAAUACAGUGGCCUCUGCUCUCUCUCUGUGGAGUUCACAUGUGCUCCCCCCGUAUUGA